CGAGGAUUCUCGCGAGACUGCUGUAUGACUGUUGCUAAGCAACUGAACGCCGGCGCGUUUUUGCAACGAUAAUCGUACAAAUGGCGGAAAACCGGAGAGCGCCGGUGUCCUCCCGCAAGGUGCGGAAGACAAACAGUACUGGUCAUGUAGUACCCGAGUCUGGUAAGAAGACCACACAAGACAGUCUUUUGGCAAAAGAAGAAGAAUACAAGCGCCUGAAUGCCGAGUUGGAGGCAAAAACAGCUGAGCUUGUUCGCGAGGCUGAAGAAGUGAUGAGAGAGCAACAGCAGCUGCUAUCACAACCAGCCCUGACGCAAGUUAAACUUUUUGAUGAAGAUGAGGAUGAAAGUUUCAGGCAUCUUUUGUCCCCUGAAGUACCAACCUUAACCCUUCCGCGGAAUAUGAAUGACAGUAAACCAAAUCCAAAAUCGACAAAGUCAUCAGCUCGGAGCAGGCCAUUUUCUGCAAACAAUGGGAAAAAACAAAUGCCUAGACCUCGACCGAAAACUACCAACACACAAGCUGCCAAUGACGUUGCAAUCCCCACAGAUAUUGCAGACUUCUCCCUUACAAAAACCAUUAGCAAGAUUGAAUCUAAGCUGGAGGAGGGAGAGCUGCCAGAAAACAUUGAAGAUGAUGUCAUUCCAGGAAUAAGCGAUGAAAUUGGUGCAGAAGCUCAAAUUAGAUUUCUUAAAGCAAAGCUACGAGUCAUGCAAGAGGAGUUAGACAACAUAACACAUGAAUGUAAUAAAAAGGAUGAUGAAAAUCGAACACUUCUGGCUCGUGUAAAAGAACUGGAGGAGGAGCGUGUACGACUACAGAGAACGGCAAACGUACAGCAGACCCAAGCAGAGAAGUAUAAAGCUUUAUCUGAGGAAGCAACUAAAAAAAAUGAUGGAUUCCAGCAUCAAAUUUUCUCACUAGAAAAGGAAUUGGAAAACUUUAAGAGAGCACAGAAGCAGUCUGCCACUAACCAGAGUGCCGUCGAGGUUCGCUUGAACAGAGCCCUUGAAGAAGUUGAUAAAUAUAAGAUGGAACUCAAUAAUCUAAAGCAGAGUAAUAAGGAUACCGCUAAUCAAGAGCGCAGAAAGAUUGAUGAACUGAAACUGGAAAACAAGAAGCUGGAAAAACAAAAAGCAGAUUUGAUGGCUGGAUUUAAGAAACAACUUAAACUUAUAGACAUUUUAAAAAGACAAAAGAUGCACAUUGAAGCAGCAAAGAUGCUUUCAUUCACAGAGGAGGAGUUCAUGAAAGCCCUGGACUGGGGAGUUUCUUAGACUGCAAUUGAAACAAGGCCAAAGGCUGUAUGCAUGUUUUAGCUUUUUGUAGUAUAUGCAUCUCUAACACAAAAUUUCAAGCUUUUUAUUUAUCUGUAAAGUAAUUAUGCAUUUUUCCAUUAAUGUAAAGAAGUCUAAUGUUUUUUCGCCUUUUUUUUUUUUACUAUGAUUCAAAACGUGUGCUUCAUGCUUGCCUUGUCACAUAUGUUAAACUGUAUGUCAGUUCUACAUAGUAAUUGUUGUAUAUUGCUGCUUUUUUACACACACAGCUGUAGAAUUGUAUGCUAAAAUAAACUUGUUGUACUCGCUGUAAAAA